CCGGCCCUUCUUUCCCUCGCCCUCGCCCCUUCGUUCCCGCUCGCCCCUGAUCUUUAAUGCAUACAUUCCCCGGCGCGGCGCGGCGCGGCUCUCCCUAAUCCUCUGGGCUCAGGGGCCCGUGGGGGCCCCGUCCCCCCCAGGCGCGGCGGCUUUAUAAGCGGCCCCGCGGCGCGGCCCCGCACUGCCGCCAUGGCCUCGGGCCUCAAGGAGCGCAGGAGGACGCCCGUGUCCCACAAAGUGAUCGAGAAGCGGCGGCGGGACCGCAUCAACCGGUGCCUGGCGGAGCUGGGCCGCACCGUGCCGCUGGCCCUGGCCAAGCAGGGCUCGGGCAAACUGGAGAAGGCGGAGAUCCUGGAGAUGACGGUGCAGUACCUGCGGGCGCUGCACUCGGCCGACUUCCCCCGCGGCAGGGAGAAGGAGCUGCUCUCCGAGUUCGCCAACUACUUCCACUACGGCUACCACGAGUGCAUGAAGAACCUGGUGCACUACCUGACCACGGUGGAGCGGAUGGAGACCAAGGACACCAAAUACGCCCGCAUCCUCGCCUUCCUGCAGUCCAAGGCGCGCUUCGCCGCCGAGCCGCUCCUCGCCUCGCCGCCGGAGCCCGACGCCGCCUUCCCGCCGCCCCCCGAGCGCCCUCCGGGCCCCGCCGAGCCCUUCCCGUGGCCCUACGGCCCCCUGCCCGCCCCCGCGGCCCUGAGCGGCCCCGGGCAGCAGCGCGCCGCCUUCCUCCCGUCCGCGCAGGGCCUGGAGCGCCGCUACCUCGGCUUGCUGGGCCCGCCGCCCCCCGGCGCCUUCGGGCUGCCGCACGGCCAGCACCCCCCCGCCGUGCUAUAGGGCCGCGGCGCCGCGGACUCCGCCUGGACGGCGCCGGUAGAAAGCUACGGCCGCGGCCCCGCGUGUCUCGGGGGGAGCUUCCUCGGCAGCCCCCGGCACGGAGCGACGGGGCGCGGCGCCUCGCCCCGCAUUGGGCGCGCACCGCGCGGGGCCGCCGGCGGCGACGGCGGGCACGGCGCGAUGCCCGGAGCGGGGCGGGCCGAGAAGGUGCGGAGCCGACCCACCCGCGGGCCUCCCCCCGCGUCCCGGUGCGGGACUGCGAGCCGGGCGCGCCGCGGGAUGACCGCGGUCCGUGAACCGCCCGCGCCUCUGCGCGCAGGCGGACGGACGGACAGAAGGACGGACAGUUCGCCGCCGCAACGCGCCGUGCGCCUCCCGUCCGAAGCGCCGCCGCAGAGGAGCGGGGAAGCGCCGUGCGGGAACAGCUCCGGCCCGCAGCCCCGGGCGCCCUCGCCGAGCGGACGGGACCCCGCGCGAGUCGCGCUCCGGGCGUCGAGCGGGUGCGUGACCCCUCCCUCCCCUUCGGCAUUGUAGCAUUAAAGAUACGGUGUUUCCCUGGACGUAAUAAAUUAUUAAUAGAUUCGUUUCGG